AUGCACCCGAAUCGUCGCCGCAAAAAACGUCCCAACUAUGGUUUAAAAACGGUGGAAAUACAAAGAGGCCCCUCCGGCUUUGGCUUUACCAUUUCAGGACAACAGCCCUGCAUUCUGUCCUGUAUCGUUUCAAAAUCGCCAGCGGAACAGGCAGGGUUGAGGGCCGGAGACUUUUUAAUAUCAGUCAAUGGAAUAUCAGUAUCAAAAAUGGCUCAUGACGCUGUGGUGGGUUUGAUUGGAAAUUGCGUGGGUCCCAUACAAAUGACCAUCGCAGAAAAUUAUUAUUCGGAUAGCAGCGAUGAGGAGGUCAAUUGUAGAAUUGGCAGAAAACCUAAAUUAAGACAGCCUAGACGUUUAAAGGGUGUUAAAUCCAGUUCAAUUGGGGCCAAUUCUGGUAGUCUAAAAGAAAAUAAUGGGGCUCCAAUUGAAUACAAAGCUCUUAUUGGUUAUUUGGGUACAAUAGAAAUGCCCAAACCACUUUUACCCAAUUCCAGACAUCAGACUUUAUGUAAUUGGAUCAGGAAACUGAGACAAGAAAAACGUGUACCCACGCUAGUGUUGAUGACAAUUUUACCCACUUGUUUAACUUUAAAAAACUCUUCAAAUCAUAUUAUAGCAAUUUAUCCUACUAAUCGUAUAGUGUAUGUAUCUACAAGUGACAAGGACACUAAAUACUUUGGUCUUGUUACCAGUGCAAAUAACAAGGAUACAAAUAUCUCAAAUAGUUGUCACAUAUUUGCAAUAAAUGCUCAAUUAAUUGAGCACAAUGAGCAUUUCAAUGAAGCAAAAACCUUCAAAAUAUUGUGCACUCGAGACCCAAUAGGAAAUUUUUGUUUUGAGUUUCCUCAAAAUGGUCUUUACAUAGUGAAUUUGAUACAGACAAUGUUUAAUUUGCAGAAAAUUGAGGCUAAUUCACCUCAGCCAAGUGCUUCUAGUAACUCAGAUUCAGGGAUUGGUUAUAGAGAUGAUUGUGGCUUGAAUAUAAGUGACAGGAUUCUGGUGGUAGAAUUUCCAACUACAUACCGCCCCUUGCCAGUGGUUAACAAUACUAAUAAUCGUCCUCAAGGCAUUGACAGAGUCCUGAAUUUAACAAAAAAUCAGUUUCCAAUAAAAGAAAAUAACAAAUUUAAGUAUGGCAAUGUGGAUUCAGGGCAGGUUUACUCAGAGAGCCCUAUUGAUGUGCCACAGAGUGACUUGUCAUGCAUUGCAACCGAAUUUCGGGUGCCAUUUGUACCUAAACUGCCUCAUAAUAGUCAGGAGUUUAGUAAAAGUGACACUAAACUGAACUAUUGUGGAAGUUUGCAGGAGUUGAGUGAUAGUUGGGACAAGAAUUGGAUGGGAAAAAAGAAUAUUACUGCUCAGAGUGAGCCUGAUGUAAGGAUUCAGCAAAAUUUGGUAAGUGGCAAUGAGUGUAUACUUUUUUGUAGAGACGGCCUUCGUCAGGGCACCGGUGUGGUGGUGGCUCUGUCACCAGUAACGCCUUUUAAGCGCUUCCACACACUAGGAGCAUCACGUCGCCGUUUUGCCUCGACGUUUCUAGCCAAACGACCUUUAUCCAUCAUCAAUCUUGCUACUACUAAGGACAACGUGGACUUGAACAUCACAAAGUGUGACCAAAACGCUGCAGGCGGCCGCUGCGCACUUGGGGGAGCUACUGCGGGCAAAGGGGGCGCAGAUGGGGCAAUUUCCUGGGGAACCUCUUUCGAGAAGCUCCUGGAUGAUCCUGUCGGACUUUAUGCAUUUGCCGAGUUCCUAAAAAAAGAAGUCAGCGCCGAAAAUAUUUACUUCUGGACUGCCUGCGAGCGUUACAAAAGCCUGAAAUCUCCUUCGGAAAGGACCACCGAGGCUCAAAGAAUAUUCAAAGAGCACUUGGAGAGUGGGGCCUCUGAUGCAGUCAACGUUGACGCCCAAGGACGCCAGGCGGCGGAACAAGGUCUACUAGAAGGCGCCGGUGCUGACAUCUUCGACAUGGCACAGAAACAAAUUUUUAAUUUGAUGAAGUUUGACAGUUAUCCGAGGUUUCUGAAGUCGCCACUGUAUAAACGGUGUUUGGGUGGCGAGUUCACUUCAUCGUUUGAUGCCAGACUUUCUCUACACAACACGUCCGCACAAUUCACACCAUCAAAACUCAAAAAAUCGUUCAGCAACGCAGAAGACCGGCGUAGAAAGUCGCUGUUGCCUUGGCAUAGAAAAACCACAUCUGGAGUGUCUUCAGAUAAUCAGAGGCCAAAGUCGCGCGAUCGCAGCGAUAUUCCCGUCGGUAAAAGUUGGGACGGCGUUUUGACAGUUCCCUCAUCGGAAGACAGGCGGGAUAUUCAUUCCAGUCAUUCGUCCCUGACGUCGUUGGAUCUUGCUGCUAGUCAGGAUAUACGUCAAGAAGAAUCCAGAUCGGCCCUAUGCAGAGUAUUACUAAGUAACGGCAGCACCACAGUAGUUCAAAUCAAAGACGGCGAGACAAUUAACCAGCUUAUAAACCGGCUGUUAGAAAAGAGAGGGUUGACUUAUACAUCAUACGAAGUUUUUACCAACAAACAUCCAAAGGCUUUGGACAUAAACGAUUCGUCAACCAAAGUUUCUGGAUGCGAGGUGACGAUCGAACAACGUGUGGUUUUCAAAUUGGACUUGCCCAAUAAGAAAAUUAUCUCUGUCAAAAGCAAAUACACCAAGUUAAUUAUUGACGUUCUACGGCCUAUUUUACACAAAUACAAAUUCACUUUGGACCAAGUGAACAUAACCAGAGCUGGUUAUUUUGUUGACAUUGCUUUACCUGUUACAACAAUUGAUAACGCCCGGUUGCAAAUUCAUCUCAAAGAUGAUGUAACAAAUCCUCAGACUAAAGUUAAAAUUAGUAAAUUGGAGGAGAUUACUAAUGACUUGUUUGAGGGGAUUCUGCAAGAUAAAUCUGAUGGACAAGUUUUUAAGCCCACAAGUUCUGUAAAGAGUGAAGAUUGGGGCUCAGAACACUCCUCGGGUUUACUCACUAAAUUUCUUCGGCGCGACUCCGCCUUGCACCAAGAAAAAAAGAAAAAGGUCCCCGUGAAGUUGGCCACAAAUGACGCCAAAGAAGAAGAACUGGUAGAAGGUCUAACUAGAGCCCAAAGACGCCUAGAAGACCAACGUGGCACAGAAAUCAACUUUGAGCUGCCAGAUUUUUUGAAAGACGAUCAGGAAAAGCGCCCCUUAGGGCAGAAUGUGAAUGUGCUAACAAAAAAGAAAGGUUUAGAGCCACCCCCUUUGCCACCAAAACCGAAAAUCGUCCCAAUCAAGCCUCUGAAUUGGGGCGCUGGCUUUUAUAAAGCCGACAAAGAGACUUUUUUGGAACAACCCUCGAGCAGCUUUGUGUAGUUUUUUUACUUUUAAUUUUUACUUUUGUUAAUUAUUUUUUGAGUUUAAAAUAUUUAUUAUUAUUAUUUUUUAUGGACUAGUAACUAACGACAAAAAAAGAGUAUUAUUAAAUUUUUAUUAAAAGUUUGUUUUUUAUAUCAGA